UUCUGAAAGCGGGAGUAUUAAUUGAGACACACAGUUUUUGUAAUACGCCAAUACUACCUGUGAAGAAAGCAGACAAAUCCAAGUACCGGCUGGUACAUGAUUUGCGAGCAGUGAAUGAGAUCGUCCAGGAUAGUCCAGUGGAAGUACCAAAUCCACAUACUCUCUUGACAAAUGUUCCACCUGAAGCUAAGUUUUUCACAGUAAUAGACUUGUGCUCAGCAUAUUUUAGUGUUCCGUUACACGAAGACUCUCAACAUUUGUUUGCGUUCACAUAUCGAGGAAAACAAUAUUGCUAUACUCGAAUGCCACAGGGGUUCAAACAUAGUCCACAUGUGUUUAAUCAGGUGUUAAGAGAGGACCUUGAAGGGUUGCAACUCAAUAGCACCCUGUUACAGUACGUUGACGAUCUGUUAAUAUGCGCAACGACACUCGAGGACUGCCACAGAGACUCAAUUAAGUUACUUCAGAAGUUGGCUGAGGGGGGGCAUAAGACCUCCCGGGCAAAGUUACAAUAUUGCCAGCCCCAGGUCGAGUAUCUGGGAAGAGUUAUAUCACACGCAACAAUCUCAGUGGCACCCUCUCAGUUGGAGGGAGUGAGCAAAGUGCCACUCCCUCUUACAGUGGGACAGAUGAUGACUUUUCUAGGCAUGACUGGUUUCAGCUCAAACUGGAUAGUGGACUAUGCUGUCAAAACUGCACCAUUGCGAGAAAUAAUAAAGCAGGGUGAGACUCAGACAUUGAGGUCACCGCUGAAGUGGACCAAUGAGUCCAGAAUUGCGUUUGAAACAAUCAAACAGGAAAUGCAAACAGCUCCGGCGUUGGCAACACCAGACUAUGGCAAACCGUUCUUUUUGUACGUGUCAAAUAGACAUAACAUGUAUGCAUCUGCAGUGUUGAUGCAAGAAACCUGUAGUGGUCGAAGGAAACAACCCCUUGCAUACUACAGCACGAAGCUGGACAAUGUGGUCCAGGGUUGGCCACCAUGUUGUCAAGGGUUGGCUGCCGUUCAUUAUGCGUAUGAGAAGGCAUCAACAAUCAUAAUGGGACAUCCAGUGACAAUAUACACGCAUCAUAAAAUUUCUGAGCUGAUCCACCAAAAUAAGUUUGUGAUAACGCAGGCUCGAUGUUUGCAGUACUUGCCACUGCUGACGUAUCCAGAUGUCACCAUUAAAAGGUGUGCAACGGUAAAUCCUGCAGACACAAUGCCAUUCAGUUUUGAAGGUGAGCCUUAUGAGUGUGUGCCAGAGGCAAUGAAGUACACGAAGUUAAGACCAGAUUUGGAGUCUACACCUUUGUUAAAUGCAGAAGUGACAUACUUUGUGGAUGGAUCGUGUUACAGAGAUCAUUUUGGCAGCCAUGCAGGGUUUGCAGUUAUCAAACAGGAAGGAAGUGAUUUUGUGACAAUAAAGGCUGAGAGUUGUGUACAACCAUGCUCUGCACAAUUAGCUGAGUUGAAGGCUUUGACUGAAGCGUGCAGAACGGCCAAAGGAAAGACAGCAAAUGUGUAUACGGAUUCGGCGUAUGCACAUGAGGAGAAAAGCAGGGCUCCUGAGUCCACGGAGGUGUCAGACGGCCUGGUGGUGCCAGGCGAUCAGGUGUACAUCAAGGUGUACAGGCGAAAGUGGCACGAGCCAAGACGAGAGGGACCCUAUAAGGUGGUGCGAGCAACACCGACGGCUGUCCAAGUGGAAGGGAGCACGACGUGGUACCAUUUAAACCACUGCACCAAGAUGACUGCGCUGGCGGUUACCAAAGAGGCAGAGGCUCAGCUAGCGCAACUGGUGGUCGAGCAGCCUGAUCUAUUUCCCAAUCCGGACGAUCGUGAGGACGAUGACACCGACUCAGAGGACUCAAUGAGCUGUGAGCUGAGACGAGCCAUCCAUGAGGACCACGCCAGCCGAGACGAGUCAUUCCUGAGGGCUAUAAUCGAGGAAGGAGCCAGAUCGUGCGGGAGGACAUCCAUCCAGGAGGCAGGCUAUGAGGAAGGGACCUUCCUCAUCUACUUCGAGCUACCAAAACCUUCAGCACAUUUUCACCUCGACCGCAUCAUCAAUCAGGAGCUUCCUUCCACACCUUCACCUGGCCUGCUUGUGUUUAGCGCAUUAAGGGAGGAGUAA